AUGCGUCCCACGGCGACAUUGAUGCGACUGGCCUUGUGCCUUUCCUCGGCUGCUCCUCUGGUCUCAGCCUGGCCGGGCUGGCUGCCCGACCUCGACGCGCUCGUGGUUCGUGCUGACAAGGGCAGUGAGGAAAACACAGCAAACCCAACCAGCCCAACCAACCCGCCAAACGAAGAAGGAAACACGGCCAAGCCAACCCAGCCAAGCCAAUCGGGCAAGAAGGGCGGCUCAACAAAGACGGAUGACAGUAGCAGUAAGAAGACGACUGCCACCAAGAGCAAGACGACACACCAUACCAUGUUUGAUGCCGAGGCUCCUCCUGGAAAUGUUGUCAUGCAGACGCCCAAUGUUUUCGCCGGCAGUGGGCUCUACAAGAUUGGCGACUACGUCACCUGGGGCUGGAAUUACACAAACAUCCUCGGCACCCCGACCGCCAUCGAUGUUCUCAUCAGCUGCUCAACCGUCUCCGAGACCUGGACCCUCACCUCAAACAUGACCUUCAAGACGUCCGCUUCAUACGUUUGGGACAGCAGCGUCCAGGCCACCGACGUCGUUCAGCCCCUCCCCGUCGCCAUGUACACCCUCAUCAUCAAGGAUUCCGACGCCGCCAUCAGCACCAUCCCCGACCCUGGUUACUUGGGCACCUUUAGCAGCUUCACCUUUGGUCUCUACACCCCGCAGCCAUACGUUCCCUUCCCCGAGUGGCACUGCGACGCCUGCAACGCAGCCCUUUCCAAGUUUGACCACCACGUUCUUGGCUUUGCCAUCACCAUGGGACUGGUGACCGUGCUGAGCUUUACUUGGUUUGUGUCCGGCCUCGACCUCAACUAA